AUGGAUAAAAUAUCAGAAGAAGAAUGGUCAGAAGUCACAAAUAUGCUAAAAGAAGAUACAGCACCUGGUAUCUCAGGCAUUGGCUACAGACUUAUCAAAAAAGUAAGCUCUAAGACAAAAGAACACUUAAUAAAAUUUGCAAACAAAGUAGUCUACGAAGGAAGAUUUCCUAAGAAAUGGAAGCUAGGGCAAAUAUACCUAAUUCCGAAGAGUACAGAUUGGGAAUUUAACUUAGCUAGUACUAGACCGAUAAUGUUACUUGAGACUUUCAGAAAACUCGUAGUCAGAAUAGUUCAAAAAAGACUAAGCAAAGUUUUCGUUGAAAAGCAAAUUUUGAAAGGAGCUAACUUUGCAGGACUACCUAAUGAGAGCACCAUGGCACCUAUACAUAUCUUAAAUAAUGUUAUCGAAGAUGCAAUCCAAAAAGAAAAAGAGCUUUGGAUAGCCUUCCAGGAUAUGCGAAAAGCCUUCGACUCUGUGAGCAUGCAUGCUUUAGAGCUUUCUAUGAGGCGAAUCAAACUUCCUGAAAACUUAAUCACUUUCAUUAAGCAAUUAUAUCAAGAUCGUAAAAUAAGAGUGAUAACAGAUGAAGGCCCUACAGAUUUCUUCGUAGCGGGGGAUGGAAUAGACCAAGGCGAAGUAAUCUCUCCACUAAUGUGGAAAAUAUUUUAUGAUCCAUUACUAGUAAGGAUACAGCAGCUAGGAAUUGGGUACCAAAUGGAGCUACAGUGGCCAAUAGAUAUUGAAAAACGAGCAUACAAAACUGAAAAAGCAAUGAUUUCAGCACUAGCAUAUGCAGAUGACACUACAUGGGUAGCAGAGUCUAGGCAUGCAUUGCAAGAAAUUAUACAAGUAUCAAACGGCUUUUUCUUACUGAACGAUAUUGAGAUAAAUGGGGCAAAGUCUGAAGCAAUUGCUUGGAGACCUCACAAGCAAGGAAAAGAAGAUGAAUACAUACAAAUCGGAACACCUCCAAGCCAAAUUAAAGUUAAAGAACCAGAAGAAAGUAUAAGGUUCCUCGAUAUUUGGAUAAGCCUAAGGAAACAAGAGAGAACAAGUAUUUUACGUUGCAAAAAAGAAGUGGGAAGACUAAUUUGCAUACUAAAAUACAAAAAACUCUCAGCUAGCCAGAUAAUAUAUAUAAACAACAUGGUACUACUCCAAAAGCUCGAAUAUCUGCUAGCAAACAUCUGUCUAAAGAAAAAAUUAUGUGAUGCGAUACAUCAGCCUAUGCUUAGACUAAUCAAGUGGAAAUUGGAACUUCCAUCCACAUGUGCGAAUGCAACUCUAUGGCAUAGAGACAUAUUUGGAGUGGUAAGCUUAUGGCAAAAACAUAUAGAGCACCAUAUAUCAGAGCUCUUUGUACGAUUGAAUACAAACGGUAUCCUAGGCACAACCACAUUAAUGAGACUUAAACAGUCACAAUUAGAUAUGAAUAUGCCAGAAUGUAUACUUACUGCAGAAAACAUGAACUGGAAAAAAACUAAGCAUAGAAAUCUAGGUACUACAAUAAUGCAACAGGCAAAAAAAUUUGGUCUAAGCAUCGCAAAAAAUGACUUCACAGCAGGAUGGAACCUGAUUAACGUGCAAGAAGUUGAAAAUUGUCUUAUUAGUAAUAUACUUAAUAAAUGCAAUAUAAAAGAAGCACAAGAAGGUAUAAGCAAGCUAAACUUAUGGCACGUAAAUCAGCUAUUAGAUAAUGAACAAGAGAGAAUGAUUACUUGGAGACAACUCAAAAUAAGAGAAGGAAAAAGACAUAUCGGAAGAAAAGCAAAGUGGUUCCAAACCUUAGAAGAUGAAGUUUUAGCAGACAAGAAAACAAAAGAAGUAAAGGAGGAGUACCGCAAAAGAAGAGGAUUCCAAGUACAAGAAACUGAAAAGAAAAUCUCGUCAGACAAAAGAAAAAAGGAAUGGGUACUUAUAAAAGGUAAAGAGAGCAAUGAAAACGAAAUUGGUCGUAUUAUCAGAAAAGAAAAGAAGCUUGUAGAAGUAGAGAUCUGGGAAGAAGAUCACGAAAACUUACAUAAAGAAGGUGAUCAACAAGAGAUAUAUAAGGAAGGAAUUAGACUGAAGAAAAAUAGCCAAAAACAAAGGGUAGCGUUAAAAGAAGUCCACAACAUCUCAAAUUUCAUACGAAAGAAAGAUAAUACACCAGAAGUAGUAUUCAACAAGAAGUACCUAGGAAAAAUUAGAAAAGAGACCCAAAAAAGCAAGGUAGAGGAGUUUAAGAGGUUCAAGAAUUUAGAGCGUAUUGAAGUAGAAAAUAGCUGGGAGGCAGAGCUAAUUAACCAAGUUAUUCAAGAUACGAGAGUCAGAGCAGCACUAAAAGAAAGACUAGAAGCAAAUAGAGAAGAAAAAGAAAUAGUAUUUUAUACAGAUAGCUCACUCGGGAGUGAAGAUAUCAGAAACAAAAUAAGGAUGGGAUUUAGCGUAGUUCAAAUAGAUAGCUCAAAUAGUAUAGUCUUUAGUUAUAAGGGAAGGAUAGAAAACUGGUUCUCAUCUACUCGUGCAGAGCUAGUAGCUUGUCUAGUAGCAGUUUUGUUAGUUCCGGAUAGAUGCAAAGUAGAAAUAAGAACAGAUAGUACAUGUGCAAUUUUCGCAAUCGAAAAGUGUCGUAAGAAUGAGAAAACACGUGAUACUUAUAAUGAUUAUGCAGACAGGCUCGCAAAGAAAGGAAUAUAUGAAGCAAACUGUAUGGAACUGAAUAACAUCAGUAACAAUAACAUAAAAUAUAUUCCUGAGUGGAAAGAGCUAAGCUUGGAAACUCCGCUAAGAGCUUUCAUUAAAAAAGCGGUUCAAACAACCUACAAAGCAGAAUGGACCUGGCUAAGAAAGAAAAACGACACAGAACAUCAAACAAGAAUUCAAAAACAGGAUUGGAAAGCUUUCAGGGGUAUAUUAGAAAGCUGCCGUAAACAAUACCAAAACCCUGAAGUAAACCACUUACGAUUGUUCAAAAUCAAAUGCAUCGAAAAUCUUCUCCCAACGGUAGAAACUUUAAACCAUAGAAAGCCACAAUUAUACAAGGACAGCCUAUGCAAAAGAUGCUUAAAAGAAAAAGAAACGAUUGGACAUCUAGUCAACUGUGAAAAAACACAUCAAGCACUGGAAAAAAUUGAAGACGAAGCAUGGAAACGGCUCUAUGAAGAUAAAAGAAAGGAAGAAAGUUGGGAUCUAAGGAGUAUACGCCAAGUAUUCCAAUACGAAUCGAAGACAAAACAGCAAAAGAGAAAAGAAUGGUUAAGGGGUAUACUUUGCGAAGAAGAAGCCGAAAGGAUCAAAAAUAUUACCGGUACGGAAAGUAUGACGACUAAAUUCUGGAGCAUGUUUUGGCAUAUCUGGAUAGAAUUGGUGUAUAAAGAAAUUUGGAAAAAUCGAUGCAAAGAUAUGGAAGCCUGGGAGAAAAAGGAAAAAAUCUCCAAAAAGGAAAAAUACGCAUAA